AUGCCUCGGGGUCACAAGAGUAAGCACCGUGCCCGUGAGAAACGCCGAGAGACCCAUGGUCAAUCUCAGGAUCUCACAGGUCCCCAGACCACUGCAGAAAAGCAGGAAGAGCCCCGCUCUUCCCCUUCUUCUUAUCCUGUUUGUCAGGGUGCUCGUCGGAAGACUUCUGAUUCCUCCGUUCCGCAGGAGUCUCAGGGAGCUUCACCCACUGCCUCUCCUGAUGCAGGUGCUUCAUGCUCAAAAUCUGAUGUGGCUGCCAAGGGUCAAGAUGAGAAAAGUGCAAGCACCUCCCCUGAUGCCUCUGUUCCUCAGGAGUCUCAGGGACCUUCACCCACUGAAUCUCCUGAUGCAGGUGUUUCAUGCUCAAAAUCUGAUGUGGCUGCCAAGGGUCAAGAUGAGGAAAAUGCAAGCACCUCCCCUGAUGCCUCUGUUCCUCAGGGGUCUCAGGGAGCUUCACCCACUGCCUCUCUCAACGCAGGCGUUUCGUGCUCAAAAUCUGAUGUGGCUGCCAAGGGUGAAGAUGAGGAGAGUGCACACGCCUCCCAGAGAGCCAUGUACUUCAAGAGCUUAGGCCGAGAUCCUAUAAGCAAGAAGUCAUGGGAAUUGGUGCAAUUCCUGCAGGAGAAGUUUGAGAAGAACGAGUCCAUUUUGAAGGCUGACAUGCUGAAGCUUGUCAGCAAAAGGUACAAGGAGUACUUCCCUGAGAUCCUCAAGCAAACCUCUGAACAUUUGGUGGUGACCUUUGGCGUUGAAUUGAAAGAAAUGGAUUCCAGUGGUGAAUCCUACAACCUUGUCAGCAAGCUGGGCCUCUCCAGUGAAGGAAGUCUGAGUGGUCAUAAUGGGCUGGCGAAGUCGGGUAUCCUGAUGUCAGCCCUGGGUUUGAUCUUCAUGAAAGGCAACCGUGCCACUGAAGAGGACGUCUGGGACUUUCUGACCUUCCUGGGGAUCUCCGCUAGGAUGACACACCCACUCUACGGGGAUCCUGAGAAGAUCCUUACUGAAGAUUUGGUUCAAGCAAAGUACCUGGAGUAUCAGCAGGUACACAACAGUGAUCCUCCACGCUAUGAAUUCCUGUGGGGUCCACGAGCCCAUUUUGAAACCAGCAAGAUGAAAGUCCUUAAUGUUUUUGCCAAGAUCAAUAACACCGUCCCCGGGUUCUACCCACAUCUGUAUGAAGAGGCUUUGAUAGAUGAGGUAGAGAAAGCAUUGAGAGUGAACUUUUAA